AUGUACUCAAUCCAAUUGAAGGGUCUGUCUGACAAAAAACCUAUGGGUUUUGGCUGGGGAGGGGUAUGGGGUAUGGGGUAUGGGAGGUUUAUGGGUUAUGCUAUGCAUUUCUCUGCGAACCAACUUGUUGGAUGCAAAAUGCUAUGGGAUAAGAGAGGUUAUGGGUUCUCAGAGGGGAUAAGAGAGGUUAUGGGUUCUCAGAGAUACAAGGAUACAGGAAUAUGUGUAUAUGAAUUAGUACAAAACAGCCAGAAGCGAGCUACAUUUGUGGAUGUGUGUGUAGGAAUAUCUAUGUCAAUCAUGCACUGUCUGCUAUGGAGGUGGAUCUCGAUGGAGAGCCUAGGUUUGUUCUGGCACUCCUUUGGACAGGCUAAGGACAUUCCCGUUUUGUAA